AUGUCAGUAUCAACAGCUAAAAAGAAGUCUUGGAAAACAUGUGCCAUGGGCACUGGUGAUAGCAGUGCUCCAGGAUUCAUAGCUUUUUCAACAAUGCCAGAGUUAGCUCAAAAGGUGAAAAUGUUUUUUGCCUUAGCUCCUGUGACUAGAAUUAAAUAUGCCAGAAGUCCUGCAACAAUAUUCUUAAGUCUUCCAGUAAGCUCACUCAGGGUUAUGCUUGGCAAAAGAGACUUCUUUCCUCGGAAUCCAAUAUUCAAAAGUAUUCUUACCACAUUAUGUGGCUGGGGACUCUUUCCAGGGAUUUGUGGAAAUAUUUUCUUCCUUCUCAGUGGAUACAAUACAGAAAAUAUGAAUAUGAGUCGAAUAAAUGUGUAUGUGGCUCAUUCACCCGCUGGAACAUCUGCUCAGAAUAUACUGCAUUGGAGCCAGGCCUACCAUUGUGGACUAUUCAAAGGUUUCGACUGGGGUGAUGAGAACAAGAAUAAGGAAAAGCACAACCAGCCCAUCCCUCCUAUAUAUAAAGUGGAAGAUAUGAAUGUGGCAACAGCAGUGUGGUCUGGAGGAAAAGACCUGCUCUCUGAUCCAAAAGAUGUUUCUAUACUCCUCCCUCAGAUCAGAAAUCUUGUUUUCCAUAAAGCAAUCCCAGAAUGGGCUCAUCUGGAUUUCAUCUGGGGACUAGAUGCACCUCACCGCAUGUAUUAUGAAAUGAUUGCUCUGAUGAGGCAGCAUACGUAA